GCAUCUGGAAGUCGCGGCGGCGUCCUGAAUGUCCGGGGGGAGACGACCCAGGAAGGACAUCCCGCGCGGUUUGCGGUGGCUGUAGCAGUUCAUUUCGCUGUGGAUUGAUGGCAGUCUGGCGCGAACCGGCUACUGAAAUUCGGUAAAUCGACCGACCGGCCGUCCUCCUGAGCGGGAGAUAUGGGCCCGGUUUUCGGUAGGUUAUAUGCGGACCCGUUCUCUGUGAUCGUGUUCAAAGCAUUGAAAAGGCAUUGUCCAUGAACAUGAAGCAACCGCCCUUCCGUAUCUUCAACAGUACUCUAUACUAAAAAAUACACAAUCCGCAACACUCCAAACUCAACAGACCAAGUCAUAAUGAAGAUUGAAGGCAAAGCUUUUAUCAUCACCGGUGGAUGUGGAUCUAUUGGAGGUACGGCGGCACGUCAUAUCCUUGCCAAAGGAGGCAUCGUUGUAGUGUUUGACCUCUUGUCUGCCGAACAAGGAACCGCCAAGGUCAAGGCAUACCAUCCCGAACGGGCAUUUUAUAUUCAAACCAGUGUUGAUGAUCAGGAGUCGGUGGAAGCUGCUUGCAGCGAGGCCCUCAAGCUUAUUCCAAAGGGAUCUCUUUUUGGCGCUGUGCACUGUGCAGCGACUGCACCGGGCCGAAAAUGGAGUAACAAACUCAAGGACAGCAUUCAGGACUUCGCCAAGGUGCUGCGCACAAAUGCAUUUGGAACCUUUGUCAUUGACGCAUGCGUCGCGGACGCCAUCAACUCCCAAUAUGUCGACGAAGGACCUUUCGCUCCUCGUGUAUCAGAAGAGAGAGGGUGUAUCAUCAAUAUCGCCUCGGCCGUGGCUCAUCCCGUGCCAGCCAGAUGCAUCACAUACGGGCCAACGAAAACGGCCGUCAUUGGUAUUUCACAGGGAAUGGCGGAUUUCCUUGGCCCAUAUGGUAUCCGGGUAAACACGGUAUCUCCUGCAGUGGUGGCAUCAUCAAUUAUGGGUCCUGACCGAAUUCCCUACUUCCAGUCAGAACUUGAAGCUGGAGCUAUCUUCCCUCGACGGGUAUCUGAACCUGACGAGGUAGCCAUUGGCAUCGUCUUCCUACUGGAGAACUCCAUGAUGAAUGACUACGAGCUGCGUGUGGAUGGAGGUUGGCGUGGAAGCAGCAACUGGGCCGGGCCUCAGGAUCCCAGAUCUAACGCGCUCUCUUUGGAGUAGUGGGUGCAAUGCACUCGCUUUUCUUCUAGAGCUGCAUGGCUGCAGGACAAACCAGAGUCAUUCAUAUAUAUCGUUUCAUGAAAAAAUCGCACAAGGC